UUUCCCGCGCUACUCUCAGUGUAAAACAACACACCGAACUGUCAGUCUGUAGUGGCCGCAAGCUAGCUUCUUUUGACAAUUUAACAUAUUUUUACAACUGUAACGAUUCUGUUACUGCACUGUCAGGUAAUGCCGGCCUCAGAUUAUGACUCGGCCUGUCUGCCGGACAUAUUGCCGCUGUACUACCGACGGCUGUUCCCCUUCUCACAGUAUUACCGCUGGCUGAACUAUGGAGGAGUGCAGAAGAACUACUUUCAGAAUCGAGAGUUCUCCUUCACGCUCAAAGAUGACAUCUACGUCCGCUACCAGUCCUUCACCACGCAGAACGAGCUGGAGAAGGAGAUGCAGAAGAUUAACCCUUACAAGAUCGACAUUGGGGCCAUAUACAGUCACAGGCCCAAUCAGCACAACACAGUGAAGUCAGGAACCUUCCAGGCCCUGGAGAAGGAGCUGGUGUUUGAUAUCGAUAUGACUGAUUAUGAUGAUGUCAGAAGCUGUUGCAGUGCUGCAGAGAUUUGCCCCAAGUGUUGGACCCUGAUGACCAUCGCCAUUCGCGUCCUGGAUAGAGCUCUUCGAGAUGACUUUGGUUUCCAGCACCUGCUGUGGGUUUAUUCUGGCAGAAGAGGAGUGCAUUGCUGGGUGUGUGAUGAAGCGGCCAGGAAGCUCUCGGUAGCAGCACGCUCCGCAGUGGCUGAAUACCUCAGCCUGGUUAAGGGAGGUGAUGAGACGAUGAAGAAAGUAGUGCUCUCAGAUCCAAUUCAUCCCUUUAUCAGAGAGUCUUUGGUGUUGGUGGAGCGAUACUUCCCCCUGUACGCACUACAGGACCAGGACAUACUGGGUCGUAAGGAAUCUGUGGACAAAGUGCUGGCACUCACACCUGAAGAUGUAAGAAAACAGUUACAGCAGGACUUUCAGAACGAGAAGAAACCGGAGAACCGUUGGAAUCUGUUGAAGGACCAAGCCAAACGGAAACAGGGCACUUCCAAAAAGGGCCAACACUUUGAGAAAGAGAUCAUGCUGCAGUAUUGUUACCCCCGGCUCGAUGUGAACGUCAGUAAAGGAGUGAACCAUUUGCUGAAGAGCCCCUUCAGUGUCCAUCCCAAAACAGGCCGCAUUUCUGUUCCCAUCGACCUCAAAGAGUUGGAAACCUUUGAUCCUUUUGCUGUGCCCACCAUCAGUAUGAUCUGUGAGGAGCUGGAUCGUCCCAGGACAGUCGAAGAGGAGGAGAAGUCAGAGGAGACAAAUGACAAGGAAAACGAGAAGGACGCAGCAGAGAGUCGAAAGAUCAGAGAUUACAAGAGAACAAGCCUGGCGAAAUAUGUGAAAUGCUUUGACCAGUUUCUGGAUGUGAUGUCUCGCUCAUGGAAAGGAGAACUUCUUAAAAAGAGUGAUCUUCAGAAAGACUUCUGAACUGGAUCAACGAUCAGAAAGUGAUACAGACAAAACAUUGUUAAUAUUUCCCGAUCACUAAUAUGGAUGACGAUACAAACGGUCCUGUGUUGGGGUGGGAAGUUUCUAUUUUUUGAUGUACAAUCAUUUCCUCCACAUAAGAAUAUCUCCUUACUGCAGGUUUUUUCUACUACAUUACCAAUGCUAUGCUGUUUGUCUGCUUUUUUCUAUAUUCCUCUACUGUACAGUCAUUGUGAAAAUAAAUUUGGUAUUUCAACUUUUUCAAAA